GUCAAAGCAGCCGCCACGCUGUGUUCAUACUAAAACACCAAACCGGCAGUUUGCGAGUUAGUCUACGAAUCGCGCGACACAAGGUGUAAACAUGGGCCUUCCUGACAUAGACAAUAUACCCGAUACCGGAGCGGUUUUUACACUGGGUCGCACUCGAUUCGCUGAUAACAUUGCUUCACAUUUUUUCAUACGAAAAGAUCCAGUUGUCAGUAUCACCUGCGGAGAUGAACAUUCUGCUGUUGUUUGUCAAAGUGGAAGACUUUUUGUCUUUGGGAGCAACGAUUGGGGUCAGUUAGGUCUCGGCCAUAAGAAUCACGUCAGCAAGCCUUCGUGCGUGAAAACUUUGAAACCAGAAAAAGUAACUCAUGUAGCAUGCGGGAGAGCGCACACUUUAAUAUGUACAGGGGAAGAAAAGCUUCUGGCGUGUGGAAGCGAUCAAGAGUCACAGCUGGGUCGUGGACAAAUUUCAACUGGUGAUUGUUCCACCAUCCCGGUAGUUAUCUACGACUGUGGAAAAUCUGGGCCCAAGAUUCUCGAAAUAGCAGCAGGGUCUCACCAUUCUUUGGCGCUUACGUCCGACGGUGGUGUUUUGGCUUGGGGCAGCAAUUUAGAGGGCCAACUCGGAUUACCUGGGACUUCUGGGCUGAUUAAUAAACCGACCAAAGUCAAUUUACCAGAACCAAUUAAACACAUCAGCGCUGGAUAUUACCAUUCUGCUUUUCUUUCUGAGAGUGGAAUUAUUUAUAUUUGCGGAGAAGCCGAGAGUGGAAAACUUGGAAUUUCUUUGGACUUUAGGACUCAAAUCGCGCCAAAGUCGAUGCAAUUACCGGUAAAAGCUGUUUCUGUUGCUUGCGGUGGUCAUCAUACACUUAUACUCGGUGAAGAUGACAAUAUUUAUUGCACCGGGAGCAAUGCAAGCGGACAAUUGGGAAUGGGUACCAAUGUCACAGAAAUUCAAACUCCUAAACAGCUCCCAGGAGAUAUUUUCAAAGAAGAAACGAUUAAAAAAAUAGUUUGUGGAGAAAGUCACGUCGCUGUUAUCACAGAAUCCGGAAAACUAUUCAUGUGCGGUGAUGGUCGUCAUGGUAAAUUAGGCCUAGAAGAAAAUGAAAAUAACGUCCAUGAGUUGACUCUUGCUGUUAAAUAUCAAGAACUUAUAGUAACAAAUGUUGCCUGUGGAGGGUGUCAUACAAUCCUAGUGGGUCAUAAAAAAAACAUGGAUAAUGAUGAUGAAAAAUCUAAAAUGAAAAUAAAUUCAUUACCACCAUUGAAAAUUCCGAAUAAUCGUAUGCAGAGUGAAAGUAAUGUAAAAGAAGAAGAUGGCUCCAUUAAUGGAGGUACCGAAGACACUGAGCAGUUGAAUGAUAAAAAACUUGAAACUACAGAAGGUGAUAGUAGUUUAGAUAACGCUGAAAAAAAAUCAGAGGCACAAAUAAAUUUAUCUGAGAAUGGCACUCCGUUAUCGACGGAUAAACCUUUGGAGAUUGAUGACAAAUUAAGUAACGAUAAUAUUAACUUGGACUAUGAUAAUAACAUGAAGAAUGAAGAAGAUAAUACUGUAAAUAAUAAUAAUUUAAAUAAUAAUAAUAACAAUAAUAAUAAAAAUAUAGAAGAUGUGAUAAAAAGUAAUGAGGUAGAUGCGAAAGCAGAAGCAGAAACUAUCGCAGAAAGACCGACGUCUUCCAACGGGCAAUUGAGUGUAAAUAAUAAAGUAGAAGAUAAGAAAGACGAAGAAAAAAGUGAUGAUAGUAUAAAGGAAAAUGGAGAUGAUAGUAUAAAAGAAAUGAGUAAUGAAGAAACGAUAAUUAAAAAGAAUUCAAUUGAUAUGUCACCGCCUCCGAAACCACCCCGACAAAAAAUAGACAGUGAAAACUCGGCGGUCAUUAAAAGCAAUCCUUCUUCGAGAGAAAGUAGUUCUAGUAGUAGAACUCAAAAAAAUAUGGUCGAACCGAGUAUUCCAACCGAGCCGAUUGCAAGUCACGAUAUUGAUAAUAAUGUAAAUAAUGAUGAUGAUGAUGAUGAUAAUGAUGAUGUUACUUCGAUAGUGUCGGAUAAUCAAAAAUCUUCGAGUAUAAAAAGCAAGUCUUCAGCAAGAUCUAAAGCUGAUACUGACGAGACAGUCGCUAUGGAUGAAACUAAAAUAUCACAAAGUAUUAAAACUUUGGAAAAAGAUAUAAAUAAUUUAAAAGAUAAUAUCGUUGGUCAAGUUGACGAGAAGGUUGAUAAGGUUGCUGAUGAUAUUGAUAAUGUUAUUCGAUUGCCUCCACGCGCAGGUAAAAUAAUGAAUUUAUUUAAAAAUAAAAAACAAGUUGCAGACGAAAGCACAAAUUCUUCGAUUGAGCCGAUAGUAAAAGCUAAAUCAAAAACAUGCAAUAUCCUGUGAUGAUGACCAACAAGACUAAUUAUUUUAAAAUAAUAAUCAUUAUAAUUGUUUAUUUACAAUAAUAUUUUUUAUAACAUGAUAAUUUAUAAAGUCACGUAGAGUGAAUGAGAAAAUUGGUUUAUAUAAGGUAAAAGCCCCAAUAGAUGAUCACGUACCAGUAUAUGAUCACUCCAUGUAUAUGGAAAUGAAGUUA